AUGGCAGAUAAUGAAGUACUCCAAGAGGAAGCUAAGAGUGUGAAAAGUAACACUGUUACAGUAUUGGUGGAGAACGAAACACCGGUGAUCGUUUCGGAGGAGGCCAACGGAAGCGAUGGAAAAUCUCGUUCCUCUUCAAUCGCCUGGUCGUCUACUCCGAGUUUAAAUCAAAGAAGUACUGAGAAGUUUCGGAGUUUAAAACGACGAUCAUCGGUGGAAAAUUUUGGACAAUUUGGCUUUUUGGUGCCUGCUCUGUCUCUAGUUCCUCAGGCUGACGGGGUAGGCUUAAACUUUAAUCGUUUGUUUGGAUAACAUGGCUUAGACAAAGUCAAUCAUAUAAUGAUAGCUACAUGGGGGUUGUUUUGGGGGUAGCUAGUAUUCUAGGCUAAAAAAUUUUCGUUACUGAGAUCAAUCAACUGUCACCACUUGUUAAUUAAUUAAAGCGUUAAGUGUGCGUGUUCUUAGAGAAUUUCAAGAGGUGUUUUGUAAUAAGGCCAAAAGUUGUGCAAUCGGAACAUCUCGUUGAUUGACUCUUUAGAAGUUAGACAUCUGUCUUGGAAUAAUAAUCAUAGUUUUUAAGUUAUUUAAUGAGCUUGGUGAUAAAAUUUAAAUCUAUAAUUCAAGUGCUUAGUAUUUCUUAAAGAUGUGUAUCCUUCGCCAGCUUAUCUGGAUGAUGAUGAUGAGAUUUUUGGGAAUGGGAUCAAAUUCAGUCAUCCCACAGGAACUCUACUUCCUGUGAAGAAAGCAACAGUAAACUGUAAAGUACAUAAUAAGCUGAGUUCUACACACACUUUGAUUGGUUCUUUGUUAUGAUCACAUUUUGACAUCAUCUGUGAUCAAUUACUGAACAGACUCACAGCAAAAGGGAAUCUAUUUUUUGAAUAAAUGCCAUCCCUUAUGGGCACAACCAGGAAAAUAGCAUGAACAUUCUGUGAGGUUAUUUUGUCAUAAAUGAUUACUAAUUCCUGAACCUCUUGCCCUCCAAGAUCUGUAGUCAUAAUGGCACCACAUACAUACACUUUGAUAAGAAAUUAAAGUUAUCUGGAGUUCAUCUUUGAUCUGUUUCAUGUUUUCAGGCUGAUGCUCUCACCCAGCAGUUUGGUGAUCUUCAAGGUACUCACAGAGAACUGAAAUUAGCCUCAGCUCAUAUUGAUGAUGCACUUAAGGGAAGGUAAGCCUAGUAAUGAAUGGUUAUUGAACAAAAAGCACUCCCCUGCCAAUGCUUCUGGAUCCAGAAUAGGACUCAGUUAGCAAUUAUACCUAUGGUGUGAUGUCCUCAAGUUCCCUGGGAGUCUUCCCAUCAUGUUGGUUCAUGUCACAAUAUAAUCCUCCUCUUUCCUCACAUGCAGUCUCCAAGGGAUGUUGUAUAGGAGACACAGCUGCCUAACUGGUAGCAUUCUUGACCCCCUUGGAGAGCUCCGAAGGUUUGAUCUCUGGCUGUGUUACUGUGUUGUGUUCCUGGGCAAGACAGAUUACUCCCACAGUGCCUAUCUCUCCACCCAGGAGUAUAAAUGGGUAAUUGUAUUAUUGAAUUGUAUGGGAGAUGGUGGGGGGGGGGAACAGUGAUGGAAUAACAUCCUAUCCAGGGGUGGUAGCACAACUACAAAGAGGCAGGACAAAUGCAAGCAGCUCCAGCACCUGUAGCCUUGUGAGCCACCUGACUUGAGGGCAGACCACUGGACCUGGAAAUGUCACAGACUUGAAGUAACACAAAUCAAUAUAUUUAGAUUAAUUCAACAAUAGAAUUAUUAAUAAAAGCUUUUUGUCUUUAUUUUCACUCUAGAGGAAGCUAUGGAAAGGCUCGCUCAUACUUUAAACCAAGGCUUGCACAAAAGUAUGUAACAACCAUUUCAUGAGAUCAUAAAUUAGGUGUUCUUUAAACUUUAUUAUUAAAAUCAUUUUUCAUUUUAAUUGUAUAGAGCCAUAUUUAUGAUCAGUAACAGUCUUAGGUUGUAAGGCAAUCUUUAGUCAUUAAUUUUGUUGAUGAAUUUUUUUGUAGAUGCUUUGAUAUUUUGGACAAUCCCUGGUUUCGUUAUCUUAUCAUCUGGAACUCCCUGUUACAUUCCUUUCUUAUCUUCUUUGAGCCUCCAACAAUUCAAGUAUUAAGGUAACUUUGUUAGAAUGCAAUUCAUAAUUGUACUACAAUUGCCAUCAAUGUAUUUUCACUUCUGUUAUUGUCAUCACUGUUCUCAUUAUCACAAUUAAAAUAGUCACUGUCAUAGUCACCAUUACCAUUUACAAGGCAUAGCUAGUAAGAGGGGUGUACAUACAGACAAGUCAUUAUUAUGCAUAGCUGCCCCUUUGGUAUUAAAUUUGGGAUCAACAUUGGUAUCUGAGAAUUUGUGCACCUACCCCUCCCUUAACACAACAUUAACCUUGUCUUGUUAUCUUGUUAGGGAGGGGUAGGUACCCAAUUCCUUGGAUACUGACAUUGAUAAAAAAUUUUCUGGUCACAAACUCCCAUAAGCUUGCUUUGUAUUAGGAAAUGCAGUAGCAAGAGAAUCAUGGGAAAAAAAAGAACUGCUUGGCCAUCAAAAUAUUGCUGGAAAUAUUCUCUGAUUUCCAAACACUUUGACAACUCACAUAGCGUUCUACACUGCUUCUGCAGAGUUCAUCCAAUUGUCUAUAUUCUGAACAUGUCCUGUAUUAUGCUGUUCAUCUUUGAUCUUGUGGUGCACAUUAUCUUUUUGACGUGGCCUGUGUUUUGGUCAAGAAGAACUGAAGGAGGCUGGUGGAAUGGGUGAGAUUUUAUUCAUUUGCAACUACUUGUCAUUACCUACAUUUUAAAGAAACAGCCAUGUGAUUGACUAAAUGAGGAAGAGCAAGAUAGUCAAGAACUUCCUAAGAGGAUAUUUUGAAAUGCCUUGAGUUUAUAUUAAUACUGUAAGAGUUUCAACAUUAUUGGUAUUUUUAUCUUUUCAUUAUUCAGGGUAGAAUUUGUACUUGUUUGCUUUUUCACUGUGGAUUUUGUAUUGCUGGUUAUAUCCAGGUUUUUAGGAGAGGUAAGUUGAAAUGCUAAAAAUGCACCUAGUACAUUUAUUUCAAUGCUUAUUGAAGUCUUGAGUUGGAAAUUAUUUUAAUAACUGUUAUUCUUUGAUCCUUUCUCCACAGUAUAUUCCGCCCAUUUUUAGAUCUUUCAGAUUAGCACUUAUUUUGUGUAAAGUGAAGAAUAUUCAACAUAUUUUUAAUGUGAGUGUUCCCAAAGUGCAUCAAAUGUCAUUUCUGACAACAGUUAUUUGUGGAAGAAAAUUUUCAUUAAAUUUCAUAUAUUUUGUAUGAUUUCUAAGACACUAUGUUUUAUGGCACUAGUUAAAAAUUUGAAUUUUUUAAUCAAGUUAUUUUAUACUUGAGAAUGAAACGUGAAUCUGUGGUUUUUAUAUUUGAAUGGUUGCAUUGGAAAAACCCUAAAGUGAAUACUGAUCUACUUCUAAAUUCUCCUUUCAAAUUGCCUUGUUUCCCUUUGUGAAACACUGGAAGAAUUUGACGUUGCAUUAAGAGUCAGUGCAGAUUCCCAUGUAUGACAUGACAUUAGACUUUACAACUUUGUUUCAGUAUUUUUGCAUAUCUUGCAUAUUUUUUUAGGUAUUAAUGACAAUUGGAUUCAAGCUUUCAAAGGUAAUGUGUCUUCUUUUGCUGUUGAUGUUUACCAAUCUGACAUCAAGUAUUUUUGAAAGGGUUUUUAUACAAGGCUAAUUGUAAUCAGUAGGCAAGGUUAACACCAAGUUGAGGGAGUUGUUUCCCUAAUAUGAUGUGGUGGGUCCAAGAAAGGUUUUCCAGUGCAUGGCCAGGGGCUUUUUCCCAAUCUGCUUUGCUAUUCUGCUUGCUCUGUUCCCCUCCUUCCUCCCCCUCCCUUCCUGUCUUUGGGUUAGUAUUCAUUCCUUAUUCUGAUUUGCUAGUAGUUUGUUAACAGGUGUCUGGAGGUGGGGUGUGGCCCAGAAGCCUUUAGUUUUUCACAAUUACAAAGAAAUAUUUCAUAUUCCUGUUGGUUUUAAAUUAAAUGAAUAUUUUUUCCAAUGUUUAAUGUUGGAUUGUUUUCUUUUUCUAGUUAUUUUUUAUAAUUCUAGUAUUUGUUCUAAUGUGUGCCUGUAUCGGAGUUCAUGUUCUUAUGGACGCUUAUCAGUGCAAUGGUCCUUUGGAUAAUUCAUCAUCUACAACUGCCCAUCAUGGGUGAGUUGUUUGAUUUCACAGAGAUGUCAUUUCCGGAAAUGUGUAAUCUGGAGAUGUUCGAUUAAAUGGUUCACAUCCCCAUACCCCUCUGUAAAGAUUUCCUAUUUAAUCCUCAGAUUUCAAAGUACACUACAAUAAUACAAAUUAAACAUUUUUGAUUAGAUCUUGUAAGUGAAAGGGUUAUGCCAACAUUAUAGUGUACCUUUUACCGAUGACUCAAUACUGUGUUUUUUACAUGAGUGAGGCAGAUGGAGAGCUCUUACCAAAUAUUUGCCAAUUGGAUUGCUUUAUUACUAGUAUCACACUUUGGUUACCAAAGCUUGUUUGAUGCUGACACUGUUUAUUAUCUUUUAGGAAAACAGUUCCAUGUUAUGUGCAAAGUGAAGAAAAGGUUUACCAAGGGUAUGAAGUGACUAUAAUUUAGUCAGACUGAAAAUAUCAAGACAGCUUUUAAACCUAUACUCACUAAGUUCUUAAGGCUGUUAAAUAUUUAUCUUAUGCCCUUCAUAUGUCAAAUCAUUAGCUGUAAAUGGUAAAUAAAAAUUUAUUUGUACACAUUUGAAAUCUUCCAAUUAAACCACAUUGUCAGUCUGUGAGAUGUUUAUAUCAUUUGAACAUACUCUAUCCUCCAAUUCUUGUAAGAUAACUAAAUGAAUGUAAUUAUAAUUACCAGCUCCCAGUUGGUUUGUUAGUUCAGUUGGUAGGGCAUUGCACUACUGAUUUCACAAGUCAUGGGUUCAAAUCCCAUUCAGGCCUGAAUUUUUUUCAGGCAUUAUUUUCACUACUGCUUAAGUAGUGUUCAUUAUUCAAAGAUCACAAUUAAUUUCUUAAUCCUCAGUUCACAUAUGUGAUUUUCAUAUAUUUGCAGUCAUUGAUAACUGAUUUAUAUAACUUACAUGUUUUAUAGAGAUGUUCCUCUCUUUUUUCCCUUUGUAGGGCUUUUGAUCAUGUGGCAUUUGGAAUGCUUAAGUUGUUUGUCCUACUAUCAACUGAAAAUUUUCCAGUAAGUACAUUACAAAACUGCUGUACCCCUAAUACACCUGCCAUACCAAUAUGGCUUGCACUAAUAGAAGCUUCACACAGGUCUCAAAAUUCAUAGUUAGUAGACUCUCCUCUACUAACUAUGCAAAAUUGAUGCUUGCAAACUCGCAAAAUGCAAGUGAUUUAAUGAUAAAUUGCGAAUGAGAAAAAAAUCCACCAGCAAAUGUUUGUUACAUAGAAUCAUCCAUGUCUCCCAAACAUGCAGUAGAUGGGUUUUAAACAUUUGGUCUCCUUUGUUGUUGCCCUUACAGCCACUUAGUGGCUGUAAGGACAACAACAUAGGAGACCAAAUAUUUAAUAGCUAUUUUAUUAAACUUUUCAGCUCAUUUUUAGCCUGUGUUAAAUAUCAAUUGUAGUCUUUAUAUCAGAUAUGGUCAUUGACAUUUCAAAGGGAAAGACUUUGCUAGUGGUCUCACCAGUUUGCUAGUGGAAAAAAAAUGUUACUUGCAAAACUUUGCAAUUGGACUUAAAAGUUAACUUUGAACCCUGUCCACAUGGGUCUGUUUAUGAGUUUUGUUGUCUUUCUUGCAACAGGAGGUAAUGCUUCCAGCCCUUAGAGUGGAAUCAGCUUAUUUUAUUUAUUUUGGUAAGGUUUGGAUAACUUAGUUUUUUAUAAUGAAUUUUUUAUCAGUAUUAUUGUGAUUUGAUACCUUCUGUAAAAUCUCUUUCGUUUUCAAAUUUCGAAUAACAAUUUUUUCUCUUCCUCUCCUCCCUUUGUAUUCUUUUUGUUUUCAUGUGAGGUGCGUGUGAUUUCACAAAUUAGCCAAUCACGUUAUAGAACUCUAAUCUUGACAUUGGAAAACUGAUGUGGACAUUUUUCACAUACUUUUCUUGUUUGUUUUCGCAGAGUUUUUGAUAGCUGUUUAAGAGCUUUCGUUCACAUAAACUUGUUACCCCUUUGUUUGAAAUUUUAAGAAGUUUCGGAGUUUUUAUUUUAGCCGAAUUUUGAGGUCCAUUGAACAAGUUAAAUAAAUAUUUUCUACAGAGUGUGGACUCUAGCCUCUUUUUUCGUAACUGGAUUUUUUACACCUUCUUUAAAAUUUUCAGGGCUGUUUGUGUUUGUUGGCGUGUUCUUUUUGACAGCAAUCCUUCUGGCAAUUGUGGUGGACAGUUAUUGGUAUGUCAUCACAGUUUUAGGGUAUCUACAUUUAUUACAUGCAUUUUGAAAUCACUGGUGAUCCUUGCAAUCUGAUUGGCUCUCAGCAGUGUAAUUUAUUUGUGAGCUGCAAUAUUUUUUGUUCUAAAUUGCAAUUUUUUCCCAGAAAAAUAAACAUUUUUCAAACUUUUCCUUUUUGGUAUGUCAAGUGAACAGUGAACAACUCAACUAAGACAGUUUCCAACGUUAACCAAUUUUUUCUAUGUACAUCUAGGGUUUAUUCCAAAAAGCAUGUCAAGAAAGAACGUGCUAGAGAGAGAGCUGAACUGGCAAAGGCUUGGAAUCUUUUAGAUCCUCUUGGAAAGGGUAGGUUUUCUCCUUUUUCCAUGUUAAUAAAUAAGUAGAUCCACCUCUCCCGUUGGUCCAUCCAUCUGUCAUGGAAACAAAUUUAUGACCAGACCAAUCAUUCAGUGAUCGAUUUAAUGAUAGAUCGCCUCGAAGAAAGGCUAACGAUCGAAACGCUAGCUUGAAAAACUCUAUAGUGGCCAACUAGCAUGAUCAACUCGGUUGAUAAAACAGAAUUACCUUGUAACACACCCACUGACGCAGCACCCAGCACCACAGUUUCUUUAGAAGCUUGCCCCCUUUCAUUAAAUAAAAGAUCACAAUUUUUUUUUUCAGGAGCCUUGAGCCUUGAAGAUGAAAAAUUCACUUUGCUGUUUCACCUCUUGAAGCCAAAGGUAGGCUUUAAUUAAACAAAAGUUAGUGAUCAGAGAGCUGUAAACACCUUCCUUUUUUUUAGUAACUGUGGUUUUAUGUCUCUCCAGAACUCAGAUGCAGAGAAUUUAGUUCUGAUUGAAAUGUUAGAUACCAAUGAGGAUGGUGAAGUAGACUCUUUUGAAUGGACAACGAUGUUGAGCAAGGUGGGAAUUUGUGAAUAAUUGACUAACAGAUUCCAUGUUGCCGUACACCUGUUUAGUAACAGAUCACAGAUGACGUCAUCAUGAGGUAAGAUUUAAAACGUGAUACACGAGACGCAGCCGAGUGUGUCACUGACGUUCUUGCCGCAUUUUGACGUCUACUGUGAUCUAUUACUGAACAGACCUGCAGCAACAUGGAAUAUGCUUGUUUAUGUGAUGAAAAAGCAAAAUGUUAAGUGUAACGUCAUCUAUGGGUCUGUUCUCCAAUAGAUCUUAAUUAAGAAACAAUCGCAAUGCGUGUAUUAUUUACCUCAUCAUAUAACUCUCGAUUGUCCUGCAGGUUUUAAGUCUUGAAUUUGAAGAUGACGACGACCUCCUGUUACUAGAUGAGACAGUAAGGCGAUUUAAUUUUACACGUGGGCAUUUAUUUGUGUGAUCACCGCAGACUGUACCUGUCACUGUGUAACGCGUCAUUAUUGUUUAUGUUGCAAUUACUUGUACUUUUUGGAUCUAAAAAUUGUAAGUAUGUUCUAUAAAUCCGUGAAAAAGUGCCCCCCUCUGCUAUGCGCCCCUUCUAUUGGUAAAGAUUUGAAAUUAGCACCCAUCCUCUAAUGUGAAUAAGUGCCUUCCACUUUAACCCAUUUUCUUGGACGACUGUGGUAUUGUUUGUUCUUAAACACUUUCGGACACAUUUACACAUUCGUACGGUUUUUAGUUUUUGAUAACAUUUCAAAAUUUGAAAAUUAAUAACGGGUACCAAGGUGACCGUUGCUAAAACUUUACGAUCAGUUUUGAAUGUCAAUAUCCGGUGUGUAUGCUGUUGACGUUUCGGUAAGUAAGCGCCCCCCUCCCCCCGUUUCUUCGAAUUAACGAGGGUUCGAUGAUUGGCGGCAUGUGGAACCAUGAAAAAUUCGAUCUAAAAGAAAAGUAACGAAGGCACGGGAAAUUCUUAGACGUUUCAUUGAAAAGUUGUUCCCGCUUUUAAAAUUUGUUAUUUAUUUACAAUUUUUUUAUCCAUCUUCAGCCUGGUCUAUCAAAGUGGAUGAUCAGCACUCGAGAAAGCGCCAAGUCCCUUUCAGAGGUACACAGUAAACAAUGGCUAAACUAGGAACCAUUGUUAUGUUUUCAGGGUAGCCAAAGUAACGAAAAGUGAAGAAAGUGCUACACUGGGAAACAUUUCUUUUGGAAGAAAAUGUGUGUGUGAACAGCACAAUUUUUCCAGCUGAGGCAUUUGUUUGUUUCCGACUAGCAAAAUUUGUCUCCGUGCCAUCUAUGCAUGUCUCCUGCGCAGCUAAAUCGGCUAGAUUGCCUCCGCAACAAUGUUUCGCAUCGACUCUUCCUGUAGAAGGCCGUUGUAUAAUUGAAGCAACGCUUCCAGGCAGUCAUACCGUCAAAGAUAAGCUUUGAUUUUUAACUACAGUGUAGUCUUUUUUUCAUAAUUGUCUAUUAAUAUCAUGCAUCUUUAUUUCAGAGUAUAUUAUUUUCACGUUUCAUCUUAUUCCUGAUCAUUGUACACUGGUAAGUGUUUUUGUGCUGUAUUAUUUUUUUACUUUUCUUUGUUGAACAAUUAGUGCGUGUUACUUAUGAAGAGCCUUUAGUAACUUAGACUAUAUGGCGUUUUUACUCGAACAGCAUUCUGUUUGCUUUUAAAUGGAAAGGACAAGACCAGCAGAUUGAAUUCAUAGUACAAGGUUUGUCUUAAGUUGCUGUAUAGUUUCUGUUAAUUCUAUAGCAGCGCUGGUUUUUGUUGACGACUGAUAUCUUUCAGUAAUGAUAAACAGGGGUAAUGGAGAUUAACUUAAAAAAAGUUCAGAAGAUAUUUCCAAUCGCGCUGUGUUUUAAUCUUUAUUUUUCCAUCUUAUUAUUAGCAUUUCAAACAUUUUUUCUCUUUUUUUUUGUAGUAUUUAGAAGUGCUAUCGUUACAAUUUUCCUGGUAAGUUUUCUCUUUUUUUAAUGUUAAUAAUGUAAACAAAAAUAAGUAACUGUGCAUCUUUUGUUAUUCAGUACUGCGCUUUGGAGAAAUUUUCAACUGAGUAUUACUAUUACUUUGGUUUUGUUCUACUUCGCUCUGUGAUUGGUCAAGAAAACUCGCCCUACUCUCUUAACUAAUCAAACGCAAAACUAAAACCCAUCACGACUUGGUCGCCUUCGUUGUCCUGCGCUUUAUGCGGUUUACUUGUUUGUACUCUGAGUUCUUUUUGGUUCCUCAGGAUAUUUUCCUUUCUUUUGAUUGGUUGUUGUAGUUACUUUGGUCUUGGUUUUAAGACGCUCAAUAAAAUUAUCACAUUUAAGUGGUGCUCAAUUCUGUUGUUUAGAUUGAAGGCGGCACACGACUUGUGGCAUUAGGAAGACGAAUUUUACAACCUCAGGAGAUUCUGGACCUUCUUUUGGUGAGCAGUACAAAGAGUUUCUGAGAUAUGUUUUUCCUUGCCUUCUUGGCUCCCGUUUUCAUUUUUUUGUUCUCUGUCCCACCCUUCCCCCCCCUUCACUUCCUCGAUGCAGCGAUCUCCCCCUUCCCCUCCCCUCCCCUCCCAGACUUAUACUUUUUGAACCCAUUUUCUUCUUAUAGUAUUAGCAGCCAUGAUCUAGAAAUUUCUUUUCAUCUUUCAGGUCGUCUUGGCUUUCUGCUCAAACUUUGUUUGGUACACCAACUACCCAGACUUCUUCUGGUUCAGAGAUUAUGCGACGACAAUUUCCAGCCUAGCUGUGUUUUGUCGCCUUCCGUUCAACAACAGUCAGCUGAAGCAAGCUGUUUCCAUCUUCUCUAGGAUCGCACCAGUAAUGGUGGAUCUUCUGUGUCUCUUAGGAAUAAUUUUGUGAGUUCAAAUAUUUGAAUGCCAAGUCUGAAAUGAAACUUUCUGUCUUCUGUACCCUUAGCAGUGUUAACUGUGUUAAGGUUGAUCAGGCCGAGCAAAUCGAUGAAACAAAUGAAACACGACGAGGUUGAAAGUUUCAUCUGGUUACGUUGAAGUCAGGCCUUUGCAUUGUUUGGAUUGCUCUAGUUUUGCUGAGGUUAAGAAACUGGAAUAAGUGUUUGAUCUAAUGUAACUCCUGGGUCCAAACCUGUUACAUGGGAAGGAUAGAUUCGAAGCUUUAGUGAUAUUAGUAAGAUUGGCUUAGCUUCUUUUAUUUAGCUUCUCCUCUUUGUUUUUUAUGGUGUGCAGGUUUCUGUUAGCGAGCGUGGGAAUGGAGCUGUUUCAUGACACGAGUGAGACAAGCGAAGGACAUAUGUAUCUUCCAGCAUGCGGUUUAGGAUUUCAAACAUUUUGGUAAAUUGUCAUCAGCGAAUUAUGUUCCGCGUUUAAGAUGAAACUUUUACCAGUUCUUUUUUUUCCGAAAUGAGAUAUCCUCAUAAAACAGAGCUGUCAAAAAAAGCCAGUUGUCUUUCACGCUCAGACCACCACCUUCACAUAAUUCUGCCCUACUUUCUGAUGAAAAAUACCAAAUCUGUGAAAUUUAUACAGUACCCAUUACUCACUUUUUAAGUUGAAAUGAAAUCAUGAUUUACCAUUAACAAAGGUGGAUGCCAGAAUUGGUUUCACGUUCCGAAUUUGCGCGAAGGUUAGAGUGAACUUCGUGGAACACCUGGCACAUUUUAUUUAAAUAGUUCCCAGCUUUUCGUGUCAUCUAAUGCCGGAAAGAACAUGGUGUUUACCAGACCCUGCAUGCCUGCCUACUAUUUCUUGUUUGCCUUCUACUUUCGAAACUAUUGACAGACCUAUGUUAAAGUGGUUCUCCUUUUUUGUUCAGGUGUGCAUGUCUGAUCUUGUUCCAGAUGGUAACCACGAGUAACUGGCAUGAAAUUAUGAACUCAGUAAGUUAGAAUUUUCUUUCUCGACCUUCUUCUUAAACAGGGGAAUAGAAAAAAAGGAGGAGGGCACAAGUGGUGGGGUGUGAGAAGGGAGGGGGGAUUCUCGAUGAAAGGAGAAAAUAUAGGGGAAAAAAGAGGGCGCGUAGGUCUGACAUUACAUAUAAAUGUAAAUUUUAAGAGCUGCGAAGAACAAUAAAACUACAUUCCCUUCAUUGACCAUAUUUUGCACUAGUAGAGCUAAGUGGGGGGGGGGGGCGAGGGUCCGAAAGUACGCUCUGCCCCCCCUCCCUCCCUCCCGCCCAUGGUAAGAAAACGUGAUAAACUAUAAUUUGAAACAACUUGGCAUGCCCCAAAAUGCAAGUAAAACACAACAGAAGGGUCUGCCUCCCUUACAAGAUAAUACUGCUUACCCUCCCCCCCGGCACUUCAGAAUUAGAGAACCUCAUCUGGGUUUACAUAGCUUCGUUGAACACUCACGAGUUUGGGAAAAUUUAAGACAGCUACGCCAAUGAACUCCUUUAUGUUUCGUUGAGGCUACGUACACAGUGAAAAAGUUCUGUAUUGCUGUUGUAAAGUAUUUUUCAAAAAUUUGCACGAACCUGAAAUGUUAUAACCGUUUUUAUAUACUCUCAUCUAUCGACCAAUGAGAGAGCACCCAGAAUUUAAGGUAUUUUAUAAAAAUUGCUGGUGGAUGUUUUUCAAAGUUUUCUUGCGAAAUAUUGAAAGUUGUAUUUCUCUUUUUUAUUUACCAGGUGAUGGAAGCCACUCGAUCGAACUGGACCAGUUUGUAUUUUGUUGCAGCAUAUAUCUUGGUCAACAUGGUGAUCAUGAAGUGAGUGUUGUGUUAAAGGUUGUCUUUCUUAAUUUCCGGCUCUAUGAAAACCAUUCUACGCUACUAUGUCAAGUGGCAUCGCUGACUAGCUUGUUUGUAAACUGAAUCAACGCGGUAAACUUAACGUCUUCCAUUCAACAAAAGAAUCUUCACACUUUUUUUUUGGAUUACCACAACUCACUUACAAUACUAAAAUUAAUAACGGUGCGAGUAUUACACACCAUGUCAACAUUUUGACAGCAGCAACAUUGCUUGGAAUUCUCACGUCCUGCUUACAAUUGUUACAUUAUUUAUGAUACUGACCAAUAACUUAUUACAAUGUUAGUAGUAUUUAUUGUUAUUAGUGACUAAUGUUUAUUAUUUUUUUUACAGUUUAUUCGUAGCCAUAGCCAUUGAAGCUUUUAACAAACUUGGGACAUUGGAUGAAGAUCAGCCGCAACUGAGGCCACACAUUGAAAGACAAGCAUCAGACCAGUACCACUUCAGUACCACUUCAGACGUAAGACAGUUUUGCAUUCGAAACAAAUUGUUUGUCUAUCGCAAGUUAACCUGCUCCCCGUCUCUACCUACCCCCCUCUCCCUACCAGUUCUUAAACAGUUCUCUGGGGGUAGCUGUACUCCUGGCCGCUUGAUGCCGAAAAGACCGGGAAGGGGACCACUUAGUUAGCAAGCUGACUUGUCGAUUUCAUGAAUCUCUGCCCACAGGUCUCAAUGAAGCAUCAAGCUGUCCACAUGAUCAGCAGCGUCGCCAGCAGUUUAUUCGGAAGUGUUAGGGUAAGUGCUUUGUACUCAGGUGUCACGCACUUUUUUGUUAAUCUGCCUCGUCUCCUCGUUGGUACCAUGUGAUAUUUUCCUUUGAUCUGUGAGGCCUUUGUGAUCACCGUAAUUUUGUUUUUAUGACGCUUGAUCAAAAAACACUGAAAAGAUCAAACCAAAACUUCGAGGAAGAAUAUCAUGGUUUCUAAAAAGCGGCUCACUUGUACAAAACAAGUUUCUAUUUUCCGUUUUGGAAAUCUAGGCUUUCCAACGGUUUUCACGCCGUUGUUAUAUGAUUCCAGUGUGAGUCGCUAUUUUGGUCCAACCUUUGAUACUUGACUCUUUACCACAGGCAGACCAAGUUGCAGAGAGAAGACAAUCCCUAACAGCAGCAGACGCCUUCAACUUUCAAGUUAGAAGAGGCACAAUCAAACGAGGAUCAAUCAUGAAGGUACUGUCGUUGGAGCAGUUGCUUGGCGCCACCCUCUCGACUAAUCAGAUGUUAGCCUUACAACAACUUGUUCCCUUGCGUUUUCCACCAUCCGGGCAGUUUGCUUGUUUUGCAUCCUUGGGUUUUGUUCCCAUUGGUUCCUGCGAUACUUUCCUUCGCUCAGGUUGGUUGUUUUGGUUGUUGAGAUUUCUACGCUUUUUGUUUUGCGGCACUCAAUCGAGAGGCGUUCUGAAGAGUUAGGGGCUGGUGCUCAUAGGAAGUGUCCUGUCAAAAUAUCUCGCCACUCAAGGGGGGCGGAGAAUUUGUCAGUGCAAUAUACCGUAGACCCUGGUUGUUCGAAGGCCGGAUAACACCAUCCACCGAAUAAAUAUCAAUCCGGUGGAUAACGCAGAAAAUUUUGUUAACACUUUCCACUGGAUGGUGAUUUAUCUGUUGCAUAGCGUUAUGCGCCCUUUGAACAACUGUUUCCAGAUGAAUACACGAGAUCAUGGUGCAAGGACCUGUGAUGUCAAAAACGCCUUGUAUCUAGCAAGAAUUUCGUCGCUGCUAGCGUUGCACUAAUAUCGAUGUAAUAGCAAGAAAGUGGAUUAUGGUAGUUCUGUAGGCGAUACCUUUUGGUUGGCUGUGCGAUAAUCUUGACGCUGUUUCUAUUCCCUUAAUUUUUAUUUCUUCCUUUCGUUCUUUUUCAUAGCAUAGACAAGCCUCUAUAGAGAAAAACGCCGAAGGAGACAAGAAGGAAGACGUAAGUAAAUGAGCGUUAUUGAAAUGUGAUAACUGUAAGUUGAGGGAAAAGAUUAUGCUUAAGAAACUUUGCUGGCAGCUUAAUCACUUUUUGGAGAUUAGUUUCCCUAGGAGGCUCAGAAGGUGAGAAAUUUCUUCCGGGAGGGGGGGGCGCGCAUUGUAAGAGCCAAUUCUUUUCAAGGUUAUUUCCCAAGGAGGUUGUCCUUAGAUACGGUUGUCCCCUCUUAGGGACUCACAUACUUUUAAGAUAUUAUUUCUUGUAAAGGGGGGGGGUCCGGUUAGGGUUAAUUUUAAGCUCAACCAAAGGAGGAGCUAAUUCCCUCAUGGGAGGGGGGGGUUGGUGGAGAGGUAGAGAGGCGGCUAGAAAAUGAAGAUCAUUUUCUCCCUGGGUGCCUAGGUAAUAAAAAGUUGAAGAGGCUCAGAUACCAGUUGUAGAUUGUGUUCCUCCCCCACCCUUACUUUUUUAGAAGAUUAUCAUCGUAAAGGGGUUCCAAUAUUAGACGUGGCUGGGAAGAGAUCAGAAGCUUUGGAGUUGCGGAUUUGAUCACAUGAAAUUAAAACAAUGAUAUUUUUUUGUGAUGUAGGAUGAAGUGUUUGUUCAAGAAGGAAAUGUACGGGAAAAAGGUGACAAGGUAAGGAACUGGUUUUGUUUGUUUUUGUAUUUUUCUUGUGCUUUUCCCGAAAAGGAAGAAAGUAAAGCCUUUCACUGGCUACCUGUGCUGAGAGGCUCAUGAGUAUUUUUUGUCGAGUUUUUCUCUUGGAAUCGCUGUGACCACUUAACGCUUUGUUACCUGUACAAGGUCAGUGAAGUUCUGUCUGUGACCAUCUCAAGUGAAUUGUAGGAGAUUGUUGUACGCAAAACACAUAGAUUGAAGUCUGUGACUUUCGUAUUUCAGAGAGAGCGGGUCCUUAAGAUGCGAAUGAAGGAGAAGAAACGAGCGAAGCAGAAAAUGGCCAAUGCCGAACACAAGGUACGAGUGGCGACGGCGUUCAGAGGAAACAAAGAAAAUGACUUGGACUUACAAGUUGGAGAUGAAGUUACUGUGCUGGUCAAGGUAAGGCCUGGUGGUGUUCAACUACGUGAGAUCCUGUGCAUGCUGGAUAACUGUACUUGGGUACCCUGUGAACCGUCCUAAGAUGUCGAUGGCGAGUCUUUUCCCACAACAAAGCGUUUAAAUGAACUUGCGGCAAUUCAUGGAGACAUGAUGACUAUAGUUUCGUCUUUCUUUUUCUCAUUUUAGAAAGAUGAUUGGUGGCAAGGACGAUGUAGAAGUAAAGUAGGAUGGUUUCCUGGUAAGCUGUAGUUCGUUCUUUUAGCCUCGGUUGUUCGGAGGGUGAAUAACGCUAUCUACUGGAUAAAUCUCCAUCCGGUGGAUAGCGCAUGACAUUUGGUUAACAUUUAUCUAACGGAUAGCGCUAUCCGCCCUUUGAACAACUUGGACUUGAUGACUGCCUGUCAGCUUUGUUGAACAAGUAAAAUAGUUAUGUCAUAAACUGUGCAUAUGGAAAAGUCUGGAUGUGUUUAUCUUUGGUGUUUGCUGCUAGCUGGGUCUGUUUUCAUUUACCUGCAUUCUGAUGGGCUUCAGGUUAGUCUUUGUCCCCGUAACACUCAUACCCUAUAUUUAGCCAUCUUUAAUGGACAAUCUUGGUCAAAAUUCCUCAUGCAAGAAGUUCGGACGAACGAAUAAUCACGGAGAUCAGUUUCCCUGACAGCCUUUGUUUUCCGCUCGCUCGCUCCUUUGGCCGUCUCCGCUAACUGAGAGCCUGGCGCGGGCUUGGUCAAUAACGCUUUUGUCUUCUAUUAUCCAUAGCUUCUCACGUGAUCUUAAGAACAGUAAAGGCUGUUCCAGAGUAUGGAAAACACAGACCAAGGAAAUCCACUGCAGGGACUAGUGGAGAAAGCCCCUCCCCCCCCAUAGCCGCUGAGGACGAAAAUGCAAACAACAAGGUACACUACUAAUUUUGCUUGUAAUGCUUGUAUUGUUGAAUGGCUUUUAGCCUGAGAGGGACUUUGCGGCAUUUGGACAACAUAAUUCCGACUAGCUGAUGAUUAUUAGAACGCUUUUCGAUUAAAUGGCGUAAAACCAAAGCCAAAGUUAUCACAACAGCCAAUCAGAAGAAAGGAAAUAUCACAAGGAGCCAAUGAGAACUCAAAGUGAAAACAACCAAACUGUUUAAAGCGCGGGAAAACGCGGGUGACCAAGUCGUCGCGCUUGGUUUUUGUUUUGCAUCUGAUUGGUUGAGAGGUCGGUGCGAGUUUCCUGGAUCAAUCACUAAGUGAGGAAAAGCAAAACCAACGUAACCCAUAACCCUGGAUUACUUUCGACAAUCAAAGGAUAAUUGCACGUUCUUUAAUACAACCUUAAAUAUUUGAGACAAAUAGGCGUGGUGGCGUAGUGAUUGGCGCAUUGAACUUCGGGUAGAGAAUAACCCGUUCGCGCCCUGGCCGGAUCAUUGUGUUGUGUUCUUGGAUAAGACACGUGACUCUCAAAGGGAGUCUACACACUCAGGAGAAUAACUGAGCUGUUAAGGAAAACUGACGAAAUGCAGAGGAAUGACCUUGGAGUGACUAACUUCUCAUUUGGAAGGAGUAGAAGCAUGAGGAAAACGAGAUCAGCUCCGGCGGGGAUGGACUCUUAACUUGGGUUUAGUCUUUUUCGAUCAUUGGGAUGAUGUUAGCUUUUUAAAGCUGAAAAAUGAUCGAGAUUAGCAGCUAAUUUGUGUGUCUUGUUUAACGAAAUAGAAAGCUAAGCGUUUUCCACAAUUCCAGGUACAAGAUCUUGUCAAGGAAAAAAGCUCGUCUUCUUUGGGUCGAAAAGAGAACACCUUCUUCCGUGAUAGAUCCUCCACAUCAGGCAGCCAAGUUCCGUAAGUAAAACACGCUUUGAAGAGCCUUUUAACAAUUUUUUUCCAUUUAAAUUGCUCCUCGAGGGAUUUUGAUAACUUAUUGAAUAUGCCGAUGGCGCUUGUGCCCGCAAAAACGGCUGAAAGAUAAAACCCAAACACGAGAGCUUGCACACUAAAUAGGCAGCGGUAAGAGGUCCUAUAGGGGUAGGUACGUCAUGUAUGGGGAAAUGCCUAUAGGCGGCCGUAUACCAAUGGUAACUGGCUUUUAUCGAAACACCUGAUUAAUCAGAAUGCACGUACACAUUUGAAGUACUUCGCAAGGGUUCUUGGUCUGAAAUAAAUCUUUUAAACCCAUUCUGUGGUUUUGUUUUUUUACAGCAGUACUCCGCCAGCUGUGAGAGGCCGGGUAUGAAGCGUCGUGUCUUUUGAAGCAUAAGAAAAUGAUCUUUACACGGUUUGAUUCAUAUCUUUACUUACAGAGCUAUUGAUCCAAGACCGUUUUUUGUUCUCUUGUAGGUGAAACUUAAAAAAACUGGUGACUGGAGAAGGGAAAUUCUUGGAGACAUGACUGUCAUGAACGCAGAGGAGGUACUGUGUUGAGUGUAUUUGCUCUUAAUACUGGAUCUCCACAAAGAGUCCCAAAGGCUCGCCAAAGUUCUGCCCGUUUCUAAGCUUUUCUCACUUUGUCCCACAAUCGUUUGUUGGCAGGUUGAAACCCCAAGUAAGCCCGAAAUCGGACGAAGCAACAACAACAACAACAGCUCUUUAUUUAAACCCUGUAUUUAUGGUAAUUGUUUCACUAAUAAUUACGAAAAGUGCCUGCCCUAGCUGGCCGGAUAGAACCAUCUGGAAUCAGACGAAGCCACUACACCGCAUACGAUCGGCAAAGUUAACAAACUUUUUAACUCCUCUUUGUUCUGUCUUCCAGUUACGCGAAUUGAACAGCAUCAUGAGAGCGGAGCUGAGAACGCCAACAGGACUACGCUCAAAGAGACUGGUGAUUAACGUUGAUCAAGUUAAUUUUAUUCAAGCUUAUUUAAUAGAACUCAUUUUUGACUGGACGCCUAAAAUAAUGCAAAAUUGCACUGGUUUUGCUUCACCUCGUUCUUUGAUUGGUCCUGAAAAUUCGCACCACCUUUUCAACCAAUCAUGUGCGACUUGGUCACCCGCGUUUUCCCGCGUUUCGGACAGUUUGCUUGUUAUUACUUUGAUUUCUGUCGGCUUUUAGUAACACACUUUGACUUUUGUUUUACAGCACUCAAAAUGCGCUAAAAAAAUUGAUGUCCCUCAAAAAAAAAAGAAACUCUCAAACUGACUUUAAAGAAGCUAGGUCACAUUUUGUAGAUCCACAAAAAGUCUAACCAAAUUUUGUUAAAGUCCGAUAUUUACAAUCCGAUGUGAUUCUCCGCCAUCCUUGCUCAUCUAUUCAUUCUUUAAACAUACUCUUGCUCCCUUGAUGUUCCUCUACUCCAUCAACCCUUCACUCCCGAGAUCUAAGUACUAAUUCUCCUUACGGUCUGCCAUAUAUUUCUCAUAAACCUGAUCUGAGAAUUUGGUGUUUAAUCAAGCCAUAUCCCCGAGUGGAUGGUUUUUUUCUGCUUUCUCCCCAUCACCCUCCUACUUGACAGUGUAUUGAUAUUGGAAGGAAAAAUUACUUACUGAUCUCCUCUUGGGGUUAGAAGAUAUGUCUGGGAAUUGUUAACGAUGAGAAUUAUUUUUCAUGCCAUGAUGGUAUUUUCUUUUAGGGUCCACUAAGAUUGAACGGUGACGAUGAUUCUAUAAGGUAUGUUCUGAAUAAUGUGAUCUGUUGUCAGUCAUCUUUGUUAAUCUUUACAGAUUAGGUCGUCUGAGUUUAAUUUGCAAUUUCUUUUCGUCCAUUUUCCAACCAGGGAAUGUUCCAUUAGCGAAGACCAUGAGCUUGUGGAAAUUAAUCAAGGUGAGAACGGUUAUCUAAAACUUGAAUGACGUAACAUCCGGAAAAAUUUUACGCAAGAAUUGUUGUGCUAAACACAAAUUUUCUUGUCCAAAACAUAGAAAUCAAGUGAAUGCCUGACCAGUGGGCUAUACAUAAGGGAUUACAGGUGUCUUAAUUUAGUGCAGAGCCUUGAUGUGCUGAUGCAUAUGCAGUUAUAUUUGACAGGAGUCCACCAUAUUGUUGGAUUUAACACUAAAGUUUAAGAGUUUGAAUCAUGUGAAAUGUAUGACGCACAGUGGGGAGACUUCUUCAGAUCUUGGUAGAGGAGAAAUAAAGACAUCUUUCCUUAUCUGCAUACAGGUAUCACAGUUUGGGAACCUGUAUAUGAGCGAAUACGACCUGUAAAUUUUCAGUGGGGAACGAAAUUUUGAUCAAUUUUUCAAGCAUAUCAUGAUUGUAUUUGGGCUUUUCUUUUUCAGGUCGACCAAACAGUGCCCUGGAUCCCAGGCCUUACUCUGGGCGUUAUUUAGGCAGGUCCAGUAGUCCACGGUUUAGUCAGAAUUCUGUUGGCCCUUUGAACAGAUUACGAACCGAGAGUGGAAGCAGCAGUGAACGGUCGCCAUCAUCAGCAAAAAUACCUUCGGUUGAGGUACAUGUAGGCAGAGAGCACAAUGAUUUUUAACUUAAUAACCCUUCAACUCCCAAGAUCUGAUUGCUAAUUCUCCUCUCUAGCUGCUACACAUUUUCUCGUAAAUGAGUCAAGAGAAUUUGGGUUUAGAUCAAUGUAACAACUUGUACGUGAUAAUUUUGAGUAUUUUCAUUUCCUGUUUGCUGAAUAAUGUAUGGAUUCUCUGAGGAGAAGUUACAUGCAAAUCAUUUCUGGAGAUAAAGGGUUAAUACUUAUUUGUGAUGAACAUUUUAAAUGAGAGGUUUUUUCUUGUAAAUUUUUUAUGCAUUUUCUUUUGGUUUUUGGUUUUUUUUUAGUUCUUCAGUCCGGGUACCCCAACACCACCCUCCACAACCACAGAGCAGCUCUCGUCCUCAUCCACAAAUAGUGCCAGGCUCUCUUCAAGCCCGAAAUUAUCGCCAAAGCAAAAGAGACCUGCGGAGAAGCCCAAGAAUGGUGAGAUGCCAGAGUGGAUGAAAAAUUUUGUCGAAACAAACAAUUUAGUGGUUGGUAAAGAUAUUAAGUUGGACGAAUCAAAGGCUGAGGGAAGGCGAGGCUCAUCAACUUCUCCAUCUGGCACUGGAACUACAAAAUCAGGAACUAAAACAAAAACGGGAUCUAAAUCCUCCGGAUCGGGAUCACCGAGGGGUUCAGGAUCCCCGAGGAGUUCCGGAGGUACUAGCGGGACAAAAUCCCGCUCGUCUCCCGGUGUUGCUAAGAAAGGAGGGACAAGUCCCGUCGGAUCCCGAAGUCCUGGAGGAAGGCCUGUCACACCGGGCAAAGGACUUAAUAGGCAAUCCGUUUCAUGAGACUGUUUUUAUUUAGAAGAUAGAGCUCCUCUUUGAACAAGAUUAGCUGGUCACGCUGGGUUGUUGGGUGACACAAAACAUGAAAACGAGGGUGACCUUCUUCUGGUCACACAAUUGACCAUCGUGGAGAAAAGGGAAGUUUCAAAUUUAGUUCAUACUCUGGAGUUUUACUGUUCAAUCCUACCAAGGAUAUCCAAGCGUAUUCCUCAGGGGUAGGGCAAGGAGUCGUUGUUCGCACUACCUCUGUGUGCUUGUAGUCAGGGGAACUCUCUCCAGUCCCCUGUUAGAGAGAAAAUGACUCAUCCAAGUUAGUGUAACUCACAACACAC